AGAAGGGCGUGCGCGCUCUCGUGCCUGCUCGGGGGCGCGCUCCUCCUCCGGACCCUCCCCUCUUCCUCUUCCUCUUCCUCGACACGAGUGGAGGUGGCUGUGCUUCCCCGAAGUGGGCUCCAGAGGGAAGGCAGGCUGAGGCAGGCAGGCUGAGGCAGGGCUCCCUUCUUUGGCCCCCCAUGGACCCCCCAGGCCCUUCCCUGGAAUCGGGGGGCCCCGCUCCAGCCUUGGGGGAGACGCCCCCUUAGACAGACAGACAGACAGACCCGCCGCCGGAGCCCGCCCCACAUCAGACGGGCCAAGAUGCCUCCUCCGCCUCCGCCGCCGCUGCUCCUCCGGCUCUGCCUGUCGGCUGCCUGCUGGGCCUUCUUGGGGUGGGCCCCUCCAUGGUUGGCCCACGCGUGCCCGGCGCCGUGUGCCUGCGUGGACAAGUACGCCCAGCAGUUUGCGGACUGCGCCUACAAGGAGCUGUCCACGGUGCCGCUGGGGCUGCCGUCCAACGUGACCACCUUGAGCCUCUCGGCCAACAAGAUCUCCCUGCUGGGGAGGGGCUCCUUCGAGGGGGUGACCGGGGUGACCUCGCUGUGGCUGGCCCACAACCGCAUCUCCGCCGUGGAGGAGGGCACGCUCUCCAUCCUGGGCCAGCUGAAGAACCUGGACAUGAGCCACAACCAGAUCGUGGACUUCCCCUGGGAGGACCUGCGCAACCUGAGCGCCCUCCAGCUCCUCAAGAUGAACAACAACCGCAUGGCGUACCUGCCCAGGUGGGCCUUCCGCACCCUGCGCGACCUGCGCUCCCUCCGCAUCAACAACAACCGCUUUGCCGCCUUGGCGGAGGGCACCUUCGAGCCCCUCACCUCCCUCUCCCACCUCCAGAUCUACAACAACCCCUUCAACUGCACCUGCCAGCUCAUGUGGCUCAAGAACUGGACCGAGAACACCUUGAUCUCCAUCCCGGAGCGGGAGGCCAUCGCCUGCGCGGCGCCCGAGCCCUGGAAGGACCUCCCGUUGGCCAAGAUCCCCGCCAUACCCUGCUCCGCCCCCACCGUCGCCUUGACCUACCACCCCAACCUGGAGCGCACCUCGCUUGCCUACGGCUUGACCUUGGCUUUACACUGCCAGGCUUCGGGGUCACCUCCGCCGGAGCUCCAAUGGCGCGUCCAGACCUCCUCGGGCCAAACGCUGGAGCUGCCCAGUCGGAACAAGAGUGAGCAGAGUAACCGGCUGCCCUCCGAAGACGGCGUGCCAGAGCCUUUCCGGACCUUUAGCAACGGCACUCUGGUGAUCACGCACCUGAGCAAGAGAGAGGAGGGCACCUACACCUGCCUGGCCAGCAACGAGAUGGGCGCCAACCAAAGCUCUGUCCAUGUGGCCCUGGCGGAUGCCCCCAAGGACCCCGACUCCCCCGGGCUGCAAACCCCCCUCGGAGGAGGAGAGGGCAAGCCGGAGGGCAAGGCCUCCAAGAACAGCGUCAUGAAGCCGGACGAGAGGAGCAAACCGCCGACGCUCUCCCGGCCCACCCCGUCCCGGAACGUCCACGCUUCGCCGUCCGGGAGUGAGCUCCCAAGCAGCAGUGACCGGGCGGGGGGCGAGGACUCACCUUUCCAGCCCCCGCAUUUCGAGAAGCGCUGUGGGCCCAGCCCUGAACCACGCUACGUCUCCAACCACGCUGCCUUCAACCAGAGCGCGGCCGCUCUCAAGCCCCACAGCUUCGACUUGGGAGUCAUCGCCCUCGACGUGUCCGAGCGGGAGGCCAAAGUCCAGCUCACCCCCUUCUCCUCUUCCUCUUCCUCCUCCACGCCGGAGAAAGCGCACCUGAGGCGGCUCUACCUGUGCGAGGAGAAGCCUCCGGGAGGGCGGCCAUCUUUGGUCCAGUGGUCCCGGAUCGAGGAGGGCGUCAACGCCUACUGGUUCCAAGGCUUGCGGCCCGGCACCAACUACUCCGUCUGCCUGACCUACGCCGGCGAGGACUGCCCGGUCCAGGUGGUCUUCAGCACCAAGCAAGAGGUGCCCUCGCUCCUCAUCAUCGUGGUGGUCAGCAUCUUCCUCCUGGGCGUGGCCACGGUCCCCUUGCUGGGGGCCACCUGCUGCCACCUGCUCUCCACGUACCAAGGCAAGACCUACAAGCUCAUCUUGAGGGCCCGCAACCCGGACCAGAUGGAGAAGCACAUGGCCGCCGAUUUCGACCCCCGGACGUCCUACCUGGGUUCGGAGAAGAACGACGACCCCAGCGAGGUUGGGGAAGGGGUCGGAGAGGAAGAGGAAGAGGACGGAGGAGGAGGAGGAGGAAGAGGGGAGCUGGGCAGAGCGGCCACCAGCCAAGGGCAGCUGGCCCGAGACGAGAGCAUGGCGGCGAGCUCCCUGGCCGAAUCCCAGUCCAAGACCAACCCGGAGGAGUUCGAAGUGGGCUCCGAAUACAGCGACCGGUUGCCACUGGGAGCCGAGGCCGUCACCAUCGCCCAGGAGAUCAACGGCAACUACAAGCAGCCACCACGUUGAGGCCUCCACCGGGUUGAGGAGCGACCAUCCGUCCACGCUUGGAGGUGGGAAGAGCCGUGGCCGUGGACUGAGCCCUCGGGCUUGACUUGAGGGAGGCCGAGGCACAUCGCCAACUGACCGGGCGGCCUUGACCACGUGUUUGCUGCCUGCGAGCGGAGGAGAGGGAGCACGGGUGCCGCGUGGACCCCUCGGUACAAGUUGGCUUUGCAAAAAGGUUUCUCCCUUAAACGUGGACAAAAGAAGGGUCUGUGUUUGCAUCGUUGUCGUGUCCAGAGUGUCUCCCCUUCCCUCCAAAGCUCUUCAACCGUUGUGGUGAUUAUUUGAAGGAUAGGUAAACAAUACACUUAUAGGUCUGUGUUCUAAGACGGGGUUCGCCAGAGGGACGAAGCCCACCUUGACUCAUAACUGGGUUGCUGUGAGUUCUCUGGGCUGUCUGGCCAUGUUCCAGAAGCAUUCUCUCCUGACGUUUCACCCACAUAGAUGGCAGGCGUCCUCAGAGGUUGUGAGGCCUGUCGGAAACUAGGCAAGUGAGGUUUAUAUGUCUGUGGAAUAUCUUGGGCGGGAGAAGGAACUCUUGUCUGGGUUGUUGUGAGUGUUCCAGGCUGUCUGGUCAUGUUCCAGGAGCAUUCUCUCCUGAUGUUUUGCCUACAUCUAUGGCAGGCAUCCUCUGAGGUUGUGAGAUCUGUCAGAAACUUGGCAAGUGAGGUUUAUAUGUCUGUGGAAUGUCUUGGGUGGGAAAGAACUCUCAUCUGGGUUGUUGUGAGUUUCCUGGGGUGUCUGGCCAUCUUCCAGAAACAUUCUCUCCUGACAUUUCGCCUGCAUCUUUGGAUUGCAUCUUUUUUAAUUGUCAAAGGCUUUCAUGGCCGGAAUCAUUGGGUUGUUGUGGGUUUUCCAGGCUGUCUGGCCAUGUUCCAGGAGCAUUCUCUCCUGACGUUUUGCCUGCAUCUACAGCAGGCAUCCUCAGAGGUUGUGAGGCCUGUUGGAAACUAGGCAAAUGAGGUUUAUAUCCCCGUGGAAUGAUGUCCAGGGUGGGAGAAAGAAAUCUUGUUUGGGUUGCUUGUUUGUGUUGCUGGCCAUGUUCUAGAAGCAUUCUCUCCUGACGUUUCACCCACAUCUAUGGCAGGCAUCCCCAGAGGUUGUGAGGUUUGUUGGAAACUAGGAAAAUGAGGUUUAUACCCCUGUGGAAUGAUGUCCAGGGUGAGAGAAAAAAAGAACUCUUGUCUCUUGGAAGCAAGUGUGAAUGUUGCCAUUGGCCACCUUGAUUAGCAUUUAAUGGCCUUUCAGCUUCAAAGCCUAGCUGGUUGCUGCCUGGGAGAAUCCUUUAUUGGGAGGUGAUUAGCUCACCCUGAUUGUUUCUGGUCUGGAAUUCCCCUGUUUUUAUUUUUAUUUGUUUUUAUU